AUGUCAGACAACGAGCCGACAGUACUUAUCUUAGGCGCUGGUACCUUUGGCGCGUCAACUGCGUACCAUCUGAGCAGACAGUACAAGGAUCCAUCGCGGAUUACUAUCAUCGACCGCUGGAACACCAAUGCAUCGCUUGGACAAAAGCAGGCAGCAGCCAUCGACACCAAUCGUAUUAUCCGUACCGAUUACGAGUCCCACCUUUACUGCAACCUCGCCAAUGAAGCUAUCCAUUUCUGGUUUUGGAGCAUAGCAGUCCAGGGUCACUUUCACAAAACUGGUUGGGUCGUCUUAGACAAGAAAGAUGGUGGUUUUGGUGAUGCGAUAAGAAAGACGUUCUGUGAACGAGGAGGUGACUACACGCAUGAUUUGCCAGCUGAAGAGUUGGACAAGUACUCUGUGACGAAAGGCAUCAAGAGCGAACGAUACGGAAAAGGCUAUUUCAAUCGUGAAGCGGGAUGGUGCGAUGCGGAAAGAGCAACCCAGAGCUUCACCAAGGUUGCACUAGAGUCGGGCGUCAAAAGAGUGACUGGAGACGUGCAAGAGCUAUUACUCAGCGCCGACAAAAGUCGCCUCGCAGGUGUUAAAUUGAGAGAUGGUCAAGUUCUGAGAGCCGACAAGAUUGUGUUAGCAGCGGGAGCAUGGACAAGUUCUCUGAUGUCGCCAAUCGAAGAUGCUUUGAAAAUCCAGGAGCAAGACUGCAUCGAGCGCCAGAUCACCGCUGUGGGACGGGUGUCUGCGUACUAUACACUGAACGAACAAGAAACCCAAAGCAUGAUCGACGAAGAAGUACCCGUGAUCGUUAUUGGUGGAGAAGUCGACAUCAUCCCACCUUCGCAGCCAAACCGAACGCUGAAGAUCAAUGAUCUCAAGACGGAGAUCGUUAAUAGAGUCACUACGCCUUCUGGACAUACCAUUACCGUGCCAUCACGAAGAAACCAAAACGACGUUCCAGAGAGGCUAAAGCGGGAAAGUUCACAGAUAAUGCACAACGCCAUGCCCGAGUGGACGCGCAGCAGGCAACCAGACCGCUGGCGAAUCUGUUACGACGCUGUCACACCCACUGAAGACUGGCUCAUGUGUCAGCAUCCUCAUAAACAGCUCGCCAACUUGUAUCUCGCAGUUGGUGGCAGCUUCCACUCGUACAAAUUCCUUCCCGUCGCCGGCAACUAUAUGUGUAAUGUACUGCUAGGCAAGAGCAAUGGUCAGGAGAAGGAUACCGCUUGGAAAUGGAAAAGCGCGGAAGAACUACAGUGUCGCAAGGGUAAGGAGUUUGGCGAGAGCCCGAGGAACUGUGAUAAGAAGGAUUUGAGUGAGUAUGAAGAGGUUGUAGCCUCGAAGUUAUAA